AUGCCGGAGGACUGCUCCACUUGUCGGCGCCGCUUUCCCUUUUUCGUCAGUUCAGAUUUGUCAUUCUUCAAGCAUUUGGGAUUUUCUCCUGAGAUUCUCCAAGUGACUACUAAUUCUAAGCAAUUUGUUUGCACAAAUUGCAAACUGCGCAAGAAGAAAUGCGACAAGGUGAAGCCGCGGUGUGGGUAUUGCUGCCGAAAGAGUUUGAGCUGUCAAUAUCAAGCAUCAAAUAUAAAGCAACUUUCAGUUCAGCCAAAACUAGCCCUAGAUGUCUCCACCAACCCCAUCAUACGCUCUUCUUUACUUCUCUCCAACACCUUGUCGGAAGUCUUACUAUCGCAGCCAACAAAUGUCCAGUCCACUCUAUAUCUACGAGUGUUGAGUAUUAUACGGACAACUAGCCAGACUCUAGAGGACAUAGUCACACGUUAUUUUCGUGGAAUUCAUUCAUUUAUCCCUAUGCUCUCCCGCUCACGUGUCGAAAGAUGUUUGGUUGACCAUAGCACACCACCUCCGGCAGGUUUCUCCGUCUUACUUUUAAGUAUGUGUCUGAUUACAUACCAUCCGGACUUUGUGCCUCCCUCUGCACAUCCACUUGAUCAGGAAACUCUCUAUUUGACCACCAAGUCUCUUUUCGCGCUGGUGCAAGCAUCAUUCCCGCCGUCGUUGCAUCUGAUUCAAGCCAGUAUCAUUAUAGCGACGUAUGAGUAUGCGAACGGCAGGAUCCAUGAUGCGUUUGCUUCUAUGGGUGUUUGUGCACGCAUAGGAUAUGCUGCUCAUAUUGAUAGUGCCAUUCCAGUGCAAGGGAUGGAGGUCGGAGAAUACCAAGAAGCUGAAGAAAAGGCUAGUACAUGGUGGGGAAUUGUCAUCUGGGAGAGAACGAUUCUGUGCGAGAUAGCCAAUCUUCAGCGACCCUUAACAACAAGGAUUCCGGGCAGUUUAGCGGAUUACCGAGAUGGUACAACACUGCAUAAAGCCGGGGCCUCCGGAUCUGAAUCAGACACUGAUGCCUUCAAGUUUUCAUGCGCUGUACAGGGUACAUGGCUUUUGGACCAAGUCAUCAAAACCCUGGACAUGACAGAUCCUGAGGCAAGGUAUAAUCAGCUUCAUGGUCUCGACCAUACUAUUCAGGGCGUUCUAGUUGUUAUUCUGAACCAGAGUCAAGGGAAAGGAGGUAUAUACUGCACUGCGAUUCGUAUACUUCUCAGAUCGAAGGAGAGAGAGGAACGGCUUAAAAGUUCACAUGCAGCAAUGAAUACAAUCACCAAAAUGGUCGAUGAAAUAGCAGCGUCUCAUACCAGCACCGUGUCCCUUGUUGAUACGAUUCCACCUGGUUUUCUCUAUGUGAUCAGGCAAGUACUUCAGUAUAUUCGGGAAUCUGAGACUAAGGUCGAUACAUGGGACGAGGUGGAGAGGCGGUUGAGCCGUGCAUCACUGAAGUUUGAGUAUCGAUGGGGUGGUAGAGCCACAUAUGGAUGA